AUUCCCAACUGUCUCCUACACUCUCUCCUCCUCUUCUUUCCAGCUUUGCUUCCCCUCUCUCUCUCUCUCUCUAAACUCUUUCUCUCUCUAAAACCUCAGAAGCUCCGUUUGGCAGAACAUAAAUUACAGCCCACCUGCCCACCAAACAAUGCCAAAUUUCCAAUUUUCGUUAUUUCCAAUGCUCAUUUUUCCUGCAAUAAAACCAUAAAUAAAAACACAAACCAAACACUCCCUUAUUUUAAUAAUUAUUUUUUCAUUAUGGCUCCUCCGAUUAAACUCAAGCAAUCAUCAAAUUCAACCGCUCAAACACUCACCUCUACGACGUCGUCUCAAGACGCGCGUCUUCUUGUUCGUGAAACGCUGCGCAUUAGUGCUAAUUUAGCUUCCGCUCCUGCUCCGGCUACUGCUCCGGCUGAUCCGCCGAGUAGUGGUGUUAGUGUUAGUAGUAGGAAAUUGAGGAUUGGUUUAGAAGAUGAAUUUGUGGAAUCGAGUUUGAGAUUGAUUUGUUGUGAGGAAAUUGAUGGACGUAAAUGGAAAUAUGUUGCUGAAAAUGAUGGAUUUGGUAAAUUUAAAAAGAAUUCGUUUCGUUCUGUUAGUUUGCAGAGUCCUCAAGCUCCCGUUGAGGAAUUGAUGUCGUUUGUACGAUCAUAUGUGGUGCCGGAAGGCUUUCCUGAUAGUGUAAUUCCAUCUUAUGUCCCGUACAUGACUUGGAGAGCUUUGAAGCAUUUCUUUGGAGGAGCAAUGGGUGUCUUUACAACAAAAACCCUUUUGAGUUCAGUUGGGGUCUCAAAGAACACAGCUAUUCCUGGUGCUGUUGCAAUUAACUGGAUUCUUAAGGAUGGUGCUGGUCGAGUGGGGAAAAUGCUGUUUGCAAGGCAAGGAAAGAAAUUUGAUUGUGACCUAAAGCAGCUGCGGUUUGCGGGUGAUCUUCUCAUGGAAUUGGGUGCUGGGGUGGAAUUGGCAACUGCAACUGUACCACACCUUUUUCUUCCUUUAGCUUGUGCUGCUAAUGUGGCAAAGAAUGUUGCAGCUGUAACAUCAACUUCAACACGAACACCAAUAUAUAAAGCCUUUGCUAAAGGAGAGAACAUUGGGGAUGUCACUGCUAAAGGAGAAUGUGUUGGCAAUCUGGCAGAUUUGCUGGGAACUGGGCUUAGCAUCAUGAUUUCAAAAAGAAACCCAAGUUUGGUCACAACAUUUGCCCUCCUUUCAUGUGGAUAUGUCUUCAGUUCUUACCAAGAGGUUAAAUCUGUGGUGUUGCACACCUUGAACCGGGCCAGAUUCAGUGUGGCAGUGGAGUCUUUUCUGAAAACAGGCCGCGUACCAUCAUUGCAAGAAGGUAAUUCAAGAGAAAAUAUAUUCACCCUUCCUUGGUUGAAGGAAAGGCCUAUUGUUUUAGGACCAAGGUUUAAAGAUGCGUUUCAAGACCCAAGUGCAUAUCUGGCCAUAGAGCCUCUUUUUGAGAAAGAAAGAUAUAUAGUGACAUACAACCCGACAAAGGAUAAAGUUUAUGCACUGUUCAAGGAUCAAGCAAAACCUGAUGAUAUUCUAAAAGCAGCUUUCCAUGCUCAUGUGCUUUUGCACUUUAUAAAUUCAUCCAACAGAAGGCCAUAUUCAUCUUCAAAGCAACAAAAAAAUGAGAAUUCCAAUUAUCUCCUCUCAGCUAAUUAUCUCGAGGCUCACAUUGCUGAGUCGUGCAAAAUGGUUUCAUCUUUAUAUGGUUCUUUUAAAAGUAAAACUGCAGAACAGGGUUGGAGGAUGUCCGACUCACUUCUUAAUCCGGGACGAGCCAGGCUUGUAUUAAAUUCUUAAAUAGGAAAUAUACAACUCAUAUUUCCAUUUGUGCAUACCCUUGAGAGUUGAGCUGUGAAAUGCUUGAAUCUGCAAUUCAAUGCACUGGACAUCUCGACCAUGAAUUGUUAAAAACAUUUUAUAUAAUGAAGCAGCUAACAACACGCUAAUGGGACCAUGGCGUCGGUAAGAUGUUCAGAUCUCGUUAAAGCUUUCGCAUUCCACAAUCUCUGCUUCUUCAUACACUUGAAGGUGGUCAGGUUCAGUUUUGAGUUGUACCAUACGGUAUUAGCCUAAAAUUGUGUUAUAUUAUCGGUACAUAUUUAUGAAUGUGUUCUUUUUUGUUUUUACAGUAGUAAAUUUGUAUUUCAUUUUUGAUGGAUUUGCUCUUGUUUGCUAUAUGUGAUUUAUGUAUAUUUUUGUCA